UAAAAACUUAAUUAUUUUGAGGUGCUUAUACUAACUAGAUAACAUUUUUGAAUAUAUUAAUUGAUUAUCGUAUUGUCGAGUCCAUCAACUAAGUGUGAGAUAAGGAUCAUUGUGACUAGUAUAAAUAACAGCCGAUUCUGGAAACAAAUCGUAGUAUGGCAAGCAUGUACAUCAAACUAGCAUUUGCAGCUCUACUUGUAUGUGCACUGUAUAACAGUGCCUACAGUAGAUCAAUCAGAAACGACGAAAAAUCAGUUGUGAGCGAUGAACAAGGGAAGACAUUUAGCGUGAAUUUGAACAGAGAUCAUUGGGAUGACGAUGACGAUCGCCAUGGUAGGGACGAUGAUGAUGAUGACGAUCGUCACCACAGAUUAAGUGACCGUAGAGAUGACGACGACGACGACCGUCACGGUAGAGAGGAUGAUGAUGACGAUCGCCACGGUAGAGAUGAUGAUGACGAUGACCGUCACCGUAGACACGAUGAUGAUGAUGACGAUGACCGCCACCGGGUACUAACUGACCGUAGAGAUGAUGAUGAUGAUGAUGACGAUAGACACCGUAGAGACGAUGAUGAUGGUGACGAUGACCAAUACCAUUGGGAUGGUCCUGAUAACAAUGAGCGUCGCCGUGGACUAACUGACCGUAGAGAUGAUGACGAUGAUGAUGACCGUCACCGUAGAGACGAUGAUGAUAAUGACGAUGAUCGUCACCGUAGAGACGAUGAUGAUGAAGACGAUGACCGAGACCGUUGGGACGAUGAUGAUGACGAUGACCGUCACCGUGGACUAACUGACCGUAGAGAUGAUGACGACGAUGAUGACCGCCAUGGUAGAGACGAUGAUGAUGACGAUCGCCACCGUAGAGACGAUGAUGAUGAUGACGAUGACCGUCACCGUAGAGAUGAUGAUGAUGAUGAUGACCGCCACCGUGUACUAACUGACCGUAGAGAUGAUGACGACGAUGACCGUCACGGUAGAGACGAUGAUGAUGACCGUCGCCACGAUAGAGGAGAUGAUCGUAACCUAACUGACCGUAGAGAUGAUGACGACGAUGACCGUCACCGUAGAGACGAUGAUGAUGAUGACGAUGACCGUCACCGUAGAGACGAUGAUGAUGAUGACGAUGACCGUCACCGUAGAGACGAUGAUGAUGAUGAUGAUGAUGAUGAUGACCGUCACCGUGGACUAAAUGACCGUAGAGAUGAUGAUGACGAUGAUCGCCACCGUGGAGACGAUGAUGAUGAUGAUGACCGUCACCGUAGGGACGAUGAUGAUGAUGACGAUGACCGUCACCGUAGAGACGAUGAUGAUGAUGACGAUGACCGCCACCGUGUACUAACUGACCGUAGAGAUGAUGAUGAUGACGAUGACCGUCACCGUAGAGACGAUGAUGAUGAAGACGAUGACCGACACCGUUGGGACGAUGAUGAAGACGAUGACCGUCACCGUGCACUAACUGACCGUAGAGAUGAUGACGACGAUGACCGUCACGGUAGAGACGAUGAUGAUGACCGUCGCCACGAUAGAGGAGAUGAUCGUAACCUAACUGACCGUAGAGAUGAUGAUGACGAUGACCGUCACCGUAGAGACGAUGAUGAUGACGAUGACCGUCACCGUGGACUAACCGACCGUAGAGAUGAUGACGAUGAUGACGAUGACCGUCACCGUAGAGAUGAUGAUGAUGAGGACGAUGACCGUCACCGUAGAGACGACGAUGAGGAUGACGAUGACCGUCACCGUAGAGACGAUGAUGAUGAUGACGAUGACCGCCACCGUGUACUAACUGACCGUAGAGAUGAUGAUGAUGACGAUGACCGUCACCGUAGAGACGAUGAUGAUGAAGACGAUGACCGACACCGUUGGGACGAUGAUGAUGACGAUGACCGUCACCGUAGAGAUGAUGAUGAUGAUGGUGACGAUGACCAAUACCAUUGGGACGGUGCUGAUAACGAUGAGCGUCGCCGUGGACUAACUGACCGUAGAGAUGAUGACGAUGAUGAUGACCGUCACCGUAGAGACGAUGAUGAUAAUGACGAUGAUCGUCACCGUAGAGACGAUGAUGAUGAAGAAGAUGACCGAGACCGUUGGGACGAUGAUGAUGACGAUGACCGUCACCGUGGACUAACUGACCGUAGAGAUGAUGACGACGAUGAUGACCGCCAUGGUAGAGACGAUGAUGAUGACGAUCGCCACCGUAGAGACGAUGAUGAUGAUGACGAUGACCGUCACCGUAGAGAUGAUGAUGAUGAUGAUGACCGCCACCGUGUACUUACUGACCGUAGAGAUGAUGACGACGAUGACCGUCACGGUAGAGACGAUGAUGAUGACCGUCGCCACGAUAGAGGAGAUGAUCGUAACCUAACUGACCGUAGAGAUGAUGACGACGAUGACCGUCACCGUAGAGACGAUGAUGAUGAUGACGAUGACCGUCACCGUAGAGACGAUGAUGAUGAUGACGAUGACCGUCACCGUAGAGACGAUGAUGAUGAUGAUGAUGACCGUCACCGUGGACUAAAUGACCGUAGAGAUGAUGAUGACGAUGAUCGCCACCGUGGAGACGAUGAUGAUGAUGACCGUCACCGUAGAGACGAUGAUGAUGAUGACGAUGACCGCCACCGUGUAUUAACUGACCGUAGAGAUGAUGACGACGAUGAUGACCGUCACCGUAGAGACGAUGAUGAUGAUGACGAUGACCGUCACCGUAGAGACGAUGACGAUGAGCGUCCUCCUUUAGUACAUUAUCAUAGAAUCUACUAGAAUUAUGUUAUCAAUCAAUAAUAAUUUAAUACUGUAAAAUAAAUAAUGAAGCAUUUUACAUGUUCAUUUUCUUCUCUUCUCAACCCAAUCUAACCCAAACUAACUCAAGCUAUCCUUACCUGGUUUGUAUUGAUUUCUUCCUAGUGAAAAUAUACGGCGCCACGAAAAGGUUACGUCGCCUCCGUUUACCCCUGAGUUCUGAUCGUUCAUAGCACAAGCUAUUGUUAUAGCACAUAGUGUGUUUGCGAGACUGUCCACUUUUUGCAUCCUCGACGCCAGAAAAUCUUUCUCCGGAGUCUUUUGAUUUCGGAAAUAAACUCUUUUCUGUGGUUAACCCUCUUUUGUAAUAUCAGGGAUUGGACUAUUGGACAAUCUUACUAGAAUAAACACACACGCUCGGGAAUCAAUCAAAACUAGCUAAUCUUUGUACCUUCUUAUUUCAGUUAGACAGAGUAUCCAUAAGCUGAAAUUUUUCUUUUGAGUAGGUGACUUAAGAAGGUUCAAAUAAGAGAUCCCCAAGAAAAUCGGUUGCUUGUAUUUAUUCGAUUAUGAGCGAAGUUUCUCGGAAUUGUUGAUGUUGUCAUAGAAAUGUUCCCGUUUUAGUUGGAUUCAAAAUUGUUGCGACCUACUUCAAUAAAUUUGAGAUAUAUAAAAAAAAACUCCACUCUGUACAUGAAUUGAAUUCAUAAAAACUGAAUCCAUUAAUUAUCUACAAAUAUUAUUGUCCAUAUUAAUAUUUAAUGCUGGAUGUGAACAAUAAAAAAGGUUCCAGCAAAUGUAAGAUUUAUUAAGAAGUACCAAAAUUCUCAUCAACUGCGUUUUCAAGAAAAGAUAACUUAUAAAUCAUGAUAAUUCAUCUGUAUUGAAGAUAAGAACUGGGACUUAUCUAUGGAAAGCCUUGAUGGUUGAAGCUCUAAGCUGAGCUCCAAAUGGUUGAGGAUGGUUUUGAUGUAGUGGAGCACCGGUUGGCUACUUUCCAUUUUAGCUUAGCUACAGCACAACUGCGAAAAAAAGAAUAAAAUGAGGAUGAAAAUUACUGAGGAGUAUACGAGUAGGUAGAGUAGAUAUAAUUAAAAAGGAGUUUAUUUUCUAAUAUAAACAAAAACUCAAUUCACAUUAUGUGAAAUAUAACUAUACAGAAGUUCUAUUUGAUUUGAUUUGUUUCCUAAAAUAAAUACAAAAUACGACGUAUUACUGAAGAAUUUUGUGAUAUAUGAAGCAAAGUUAAAAAGAUAAUGGAUCUCACUUGCAAAUAUAAGAAGUAGUAUCAACAGAAAUUUACUAAAAUUCAAUUUGAUUUUCACUUUAAUUAGCUGUUGUAGUGUAGAUAAAGGACCUUUUAGAAUAGAGACGGUGUUUCUAUCAAAUUUUUUGACCUUUUGAAUAAAAAAAAUUAUUUCACUGAUUUCCAUGGAAACAUCACCUAUCUCAAUGUACUUUCCAGGCUUGAGGCCAGUUAUCUUUCGGAAUAUUCUAAAAAAGGAAUUGAUCAACUUCUCCAUCUUCCUCAUCCUCUAUUGAGAAACGUCUCUCUCGUAAAUAUUUCCUUGUAUAAAAGAAUAACCAGAAAUCACACAUAGUCCAAAAGGUGAAUAGGGUCAAUCUUCAAUAACUGUCACAUUAUUUCUAUGUAACAAAAUCACCCUCUGUGCCGCAAUGUGCCAAGAUGCAUUAUCAUGAUGCAACUAUGAACAGUGGAUAAAUACAGACACAAGACUACACGUAAGAAUUUUGUUUUAUACCAAUUCAUUGUAACUGUAAGUUUAUCUCCAAGCUCACUCAAUCUUAUCUACCACAUUAAUCCUUAUUUAAAUACUCUCUUACUGCACCACACUAGUGUGAAGGGGCACUAUCUCAUUAUAAUUUUAUUCUAAAAGUUUCUAUUCCUAUAUGCCCAAUCACUCACCAUGGAAUGCUCAAUAUUUGUUUCAUUAUACAUUUGAAGAAUGUCAACAUCACAAUACCACAUACUAACUAAUUUAUCGGAAUGUCUUUAUUAAUAUGUUUUUUUUUUAUUUUCUAGAAUUCUUGAGAAAAUAGUUUUGGAUAUAUAAACGAGGAGUAAUACAUACCAAUAGUGAAUGGAACAAAAUAGAAAACCAAGCGGUGGGUUUGGAUAAAUUAUAAAUUUGAAUAGAAUAUAAAAGUUAGUUAUGUUUUACUGAAUAAUUAAUUAUCUUAUAAGUUAGUUAAGUAUAGUGUCAGUGUUUAAAUAAAUGAAGUGUGUGAAA